AUGAGUGCUCCGUCGCGAGAAGAUGAGUCGAAGGAGGAGGAGAGAGACGAGGAAGCGAACCGGCUUCUAGAGGAAGCAGCAGCAGCAUCAUCAUCGGAAGAAGAUGUGGCAUACGAAGCGGAGGAGAAGAUCGUGGUGGCGGAAUUCGAGUUUGACGCGGUGGACGAUGCUAGCGUUCCUCCUUUCUCAUGGAAGAAGCUGUGGCUCUUCACUGGGCCUGGGUUCUUGAUGAGCAUAGCGUUUUUGGAUCCGGGGAAUCUCGAGGGGGACCUCCAGGCUGGGGCCAUCGCGGGCUACUCCCUCCUCUGGCUCUUGAUGUGGGCCACCUUCAUGGGCCUCUUGAUCCAGCUUCUGUCAGCCAGGGUCGGGGUCGCCACCGGCCGCCACCUCGCCGAGCUCUGCAGGGACGAGUAUCCCGAUUGGGCCCGCCUCGUGCUCUGGUUCAUGGCCGAGCUGGCCCUGAUUGGCGCCGACAUUCAAGAGGUCAUUGGAAGUGCGAUCGCCAUCCAAAUUCUUAGCCGAGGCUUCUUCCCUCUUUGGGCUGGAGUUCUAAUCACUGCUUCCGAUUGCUUUGUCUUUCUAUUUCUUGAGAACUAUGGAGUAAGGAAGUUGGAAGCUGCUUUUGCAGUUCUCAUUUCUGUUAUGGGUCUUUCUUUUGCCUGGAUGUUUGCUGAUGCAAGACCUAAUAGACAAGAGCUUUUAAUAGGUAUUUUGGUUCCGAAACUAAGCUCAAAUACAAUUCGUCAGGCUGUGGCUGUUGUGGGCUGUGUCAUUAUGCCUCACAAUGUAUUCCUGCAUUCUGCUUUGGUGCAAUCAAGGAAGGUUGACCCUAAAAAGAAAGGUCGGGUACAGGAGGCUCUCAACUACUAUUCAAUUGAGUCAUCAGCUGCACUUUCAGUCUCCUUCAUUAUCAAUCUAUUUGUCACAACAGUUUUCGCUAAGGGAUUUUAUGGAUCAAAAAAGGCAAAAAGCAUAGGACUGGUCAAUGCAGGGCAGUAUCUUGAAGAAAAGUAUGGAGGAGGAGUCUUCCCUAUUCUUUAUAUAUGGGGAAUUGGGUUAUUGGCAGCUGGGCAGAGCAGCACCAUCACUGGUACAUAUGCUGGGCAGUUCAUAAUGGGGGGUUUCCUCAACCUUCGUUUAAAGAAAUGGUUGAGAGCAUUGAUCACUCGAAGUUUUGCAAUUGUGCCUACCAUAAUUGUUGCUAUAGUUUUUAAUAGAUCAGAAGCCUCCUUAGAUAUUUUGAAUGAAUGGCUCAAUGUACUUCAGUCCAUGCAAAUUCCCUUUGCUCUGAUUCCCCUCCUCACGUUGGUCUCCAAAGAGCAGGUCAUGGGAACCUUUAGAGUUGGACCUGUUCUUGAGAGAGUAGCAUGGACUAUUGCUGGACUGAUAAUAGUAAUUAAUGGGUAUCUCUUGUUAGAUUUCUUCAUUGCUGAGGUGAAUGGUAUCUUGCUUGGUCUUUUAGCCUGCUCCGGCACCACAGCCUAUAUUGCGUUCAUUGUAUAUUUGGUUUCACAGAGUGGUAUUCUUCCUUCUGCUUGGGUUAAUCGUCUUCCCAAGGGAUUUUCUUCAUCUGGGAAUUAA